AUGGCCUCAUCAGCACAAAUCCUGCCAAUCGGCGCUGGCUAUGGUGUGGUAAUCGGAGUUGGCUUCUUCUUUGCCUUUGUAAUGAUGGGCAUCUCGCAUCUUCAAAACAAAUACACGCGCUUCAACACCAAUACCAGUGAGGAGUUCAAUACUGCAUCUCGUAGUAUCAAGCCUGGUCUUAUCGCAUCUGGUAUCGUCUCGGCUUGGACAUGGGCGGCUACAUUGCUGCAAAGCUCUACUGUGGCAUAUCAGUAUGGUGUUGCCGGACCUUUCUGGUAUGCUGCUGGUGCCACUGUUCAAAUCCUCAUGUUCUCCAUUCUGGCUUGUAAAGUCAAGAUGAACGCACCUCGUGCACACACCUAUCUGGAGAUUGUGCAGGCUCGCUAUGGACGUACCGCUCACAUCACCUUCCUCUUUUUCGCCUUUGUCACCAACAUCCUGGUUGGCUCACAACUGUUACUCGGUGGAUCAGCCGUGGUAACAAGUCUGACUGGUAUGAACGUGUACGCAGCUAUCUUCCUCAUCCCGGUCGGCGUAUGCGCCUAUGUCGUCCUCGGUGGCCUGCGAGCAACCUUCCUGUGCGACUAUAGUCACACUGUUAUCUUGAUGAUCAUCAUCCUUUACUUUAUGUUUAACGCCUACGCCACAAACGACCUCAUUGGAUCUCCUGGAGAGAUGUACGAACUACUCAAAAAGGCAGCGGUGCAGAGACCAGUAGCAGGAAAUGUCCAAGGCUCAUACAUGACACUCAAGUCAAACUACGCACUGAUCUUUGGUGUUAUUCAGCUUUGCUCUGGCAGCGGUACUGUAUUCCUGGACCAAGCUUAUUGGCAGAGAGCUAUCGCUUCAAGACCUACUACUGCCGUCAGAGCAUAUAUCUUGGGCGGGUUGGCCUGGUUCGCAGUGCCCUUUGGCUUCGCAACUACACUGGGUCUCUCUGCCGUGGCACUUAUCGACAAUCCUCGCUUCCCUACCUACCCGGGCGUCCCUCAAAGUAGCGAUAUUUCUGCCGGUCUUGCAUCAGCUUACGCGGCUCAAGCACUGAUGGGAAAAGGCGGUGCUGUGGCUCUGCUCAUCGUGCUCUUCAUGGCAGUCACAUCCUGUGCUUCUGCCGAGUUGAUUGCGGUAUCGUCGCUGUUGACGUUUGAUGUCUACCAACGCUACAUUCGCCCAACCGCUUCAUCUGCCUCCCUGAUCUUUGUCUCUCACAUCAUGAUCUGCGCGUUCGGUCUUACAAUGGCAGUCUUUGCUUGUAUCUGGAACGCGAUUGGCAUUGAUCUCGGCUGGCUUUUCUUAGUCAUGGGCCUCCUCAUCGGCGGCGCUGUUUUCCCCGCCGCUUUCGCAAUCACCUGGCGAGGACAAUCUGCCGCAGGUGCUAUCACCGGUGCUAUCGGCGGUCUGAUCAUCGGUAUUGCCGCUUGGCUCGCAACUGCCAAGGUCUAUUUUGGCGAACUCACCAUUGCUUCUACUGGAACUGAAUAUGCCACACUAGCAGGCAAUCUUGCAGCCAUCAUGUCAGGUCUGAUUCUCACCGUCGUGGUAUCCGUCAUCAAGCCCCAACACUUCGACUGGGCAAUCACUCGAAGCAUCAAUGCCGAAGGUGCAAUGGUAGUAGAAUCACAACUGCAGAAGAAACCGAUGCAACAAGGCAAACUCGACACCGCAACCGCCACAACAAACCCCACUGCCACCGACGACGAAAAAGCCCCCUCGACGCCAGAGAACGACAUCUCCACUGCGCCUUCCAUCUCCUCACCCACACAUCACCUAUCCCGCGCCUCUCUAUCCUCAGAAGACGCCGAACGCGCCGCCGACCUCCUCACGGAGGAAAACCCUUCCUCCUUGCGCUCAGCCUUUAAACUCGCUUGCAUCGCUUCCUUUGUCCUGACCUUCCUCAUGGACUUCUUGAUCCCCAUGCCCAUGUUCUUUAGUCAUUAUGUGUUUAGCAAAGGCUUUUUCACUGCUUGGAUUGUGAUUUCUUUCCUUUGGGUGUUUGCGUCUACGGGCAUUUCGGUGAUUUUGCCGGUGGUGGAGACGAUGGGUUUCCUGAAGCAAUUUGGACGGGAUGUGAUGGGUGGGAAGGGGAAGUGA